UCUUCAUGUGCAGCUGAGCAGCACUGAAGGCUCUUGGAAAACGAGGGCAGAUAACAUAGGGAGCCCAGAAGAAUCACCUUCUUUGCCAGAACACGCACAUCCAGUCCAUCCACCUGCAGGGGCUCACCUCUUCUAUUUGGACCAGACUCCACUGGAGCGAAAACUCUACUGCCCUGACACAGAGAUAAAAGGGCCACCAAUGUACUCAGAAGUGAAAAACACUACUUCAAACUCCAAUCAGACAAAGAUAACAAGAAAUAAAUAUUCUAAAAGAAAAGGGUCUUCAGUCCUGUUUCCCUGGUGUCUCACUGUUGUGAUUCUUGGAAUCUUCUGUUUCUUUCUCCUUGUGACAACUGGAAUUUUGGGACUCAUGGUUUUCCAGGGUCAUCACAAAUGCCAACCACAGAAACCACCACUGGAAGACAAUUCCAUGUUGAAGAACAUACCUGUUGUAGUGGAACCAUUUAACACAGGAAACAACAGCACGUGUGAGAGGAAAUGGUCAUGUUGUGGAGAGAAGUGUUACUAUUUUUCCCAUGAAUUGAAGAGCUUUGAAGAGAGUAGGAGAUCCUGCAACAAAAUGAACUCUGCACUACUUAAGAUAGACGAUGAAAAAGAACUGAAGUUCCUUGAAAGCCAACUGUCCUCUUUCCAUUGGAUUGGAUUGUCCCGUAAAGGUGUGAAGACUUCCUGGACAUGGGAGGAUAACUCACCACACUUUUUAAAAAUCAACUGGCAAGAGCCAAAGAGUGGAAACUGUGCAAGGAUGACAGCAAGGAAGAUGGUUGCUUCUGAGUGUUCCAAAUCCUCCUACUAUGUCUGUGAGAAAGUAAAGUGCAUAUCUUGCUACCAAAUAACGAGAACAAAAACCAACAACCAAAGACAUUGAUGAUAGUUUUCCCUUAUAAAAACUCAGACUCUUGGGAGUUCUAGAGUCUCUGUGUCAUUUCCAAAUAUCCUUGUAUUUUUAUGGGCUGUUCCAGUAUUCUAGCCUCUGCAUGAGGUGAGGCUGGAAUAUUGGCUACAUAAUGAUGAGAUACAUCAGAACCUCCACAUCUGCCUCCCGCACAUGAAGACUGCCAAAUUACCAGUGGUAUGACCGCAGGCUGAUGGGGUGAGACUUCUUGUGAUGGGGAAUAGCAAGCAGAGUCUGUAUACUCCGUUCCUGCAACUCAUACAAAUUUCGCAAAUAAUCCUGCAAACUGCAGUCACUGCCAUGUCCACUGGGGCUGGGAAUUAAUGCCAUCAGUCAUUGAAGUUGUUCUGUAUGAACUGUGUAUGCAUUUCUGUUUCAUUUCUAACAUUUUAAGAGAAAAAUAUUAGAGUAUACUGGAAAGAGAAGAGUAUCUUGGAUUAGAUGUGAGUUUGAGAUCUGCACCACAACUAAAAUGAGUUCUCUGGCAAGUUCAAUCAUCUGACUCUUACUUUCACAAUGAGUAGGUAAACAACCAAAACUGCAAAAUGA